AUGAUUAGCAACAGAAGUUACGUAUCAAAAUUGAAUAUUUAUCCAAAAUAUGAAUUAUUUAUUCGUGAACCCUAUAUAAUAUGGAUGAAAAAAUUUCGUACAACAUUAAUUUUAUUACCAAAUUCAAGUCGAAAACGUUUUAUUAACGGUAUUGAUCUAAAUUGUGGACAUGGUAAUUAUUAUGAACAAGAAAAUGUCCUUUCACUGAUUACACCUUCAAUUAGUCUAUCGUCAUAUGAAAAUAAUAAUAAAUACAAUGAUUUAGACAAAGGAUCGCCUGAUUUAUUAUCCGUGAAUAGUGAUCUAUUAAGUACGGAUAUGAGUUAUAAUGGUGAUGAAUCAAUAACGGAAUGGUCUCGUACUACUAACGAAAUGUCCAAAAACAGAGGAGGAAUGUCUUAUCUUGAUUAUAAGAAUCAAUUAUUAUCAAGAUCACCAUUGUUCAUAAAUGAGAACAAUAUUGGUAAUAAUACUCAUAGAUACGGUAAUAAUACAUCUCAUAUAAAGACCAAUCCACCUAAUUCUUAUUCUUAUUGUUCGGAUGAUGAGUAUAGUAUGUCUGACACAUCAUCUUAUAUUCGUAGCGGAUAUUCAUAUCAUAAGGAUAUGAAAAUGUAA